UCAUACACCCAGAUCCACCAUCCGUAUGUAUGCUGUUUUAGCCCCACCUUCAUGUCCUACAGACCAUAUGCUUCUUGAACUCCAGGGACAUGCCACUCCUAGUGACAUAUCUUUCUGGACUACUAAUGGGUUAACUUUAGAUGAGAAUGGUUUGUUUUCUAAAGAGGGGAAGGUGGGCAUACCGGAAAGCAGUGCACCACUCUUUAUAGCACAAGCCCAUGGUGUUGGACACCUAGGUAUAAAACCAACAACUAACUUGUUGAAGCAAUCUUUCUACAUUAGAGGUAUAGGUGAUCAUUGCAAGGCAUAUAUUAAUAGAUGUGUAUAUUGCUUACAGACCAAUGCAACCAUCCCCAAUAAAGCCCAGCAUGACCACUUACCCCCACCUACAGCCCCAUUCACACAUCUACAAAUUGAUUUUACACAUAUUCCAAAAAACUGGCACUAAACAAUUAUAUCUGCUUGUAAUAGUUGACCAAUUUUCUAAGUGGCCAGAAGCUUUUGUUACCCAGAGGGAAGAUGCAAAAACAGUCGCUAAAAUUUUAGCCACUGAAAUAAUUCCCAGAUUUGGUUGUCCACUUCAGAUUAAUUCUGAUAACGGUCCAGCGUUCAUUAGUAAAAUCACACAUGAGUUAGUAGAAUGGUUACAGAUUAAUUGGAACUUUCACAUUCCCUACCAUCCUCAAAGCUCAGGGAUUGUAGAAAGAAUGAAUCGCAAUAUCAAGGAGAAACUUUUAAAGGCAACAGCAGGUACAUGGGUUAAAUGGCAAAACUAUUUACCUGCGAUUUUAGCAGAAAUCAGAAUGACCCCAAAUAGGACAACCAGGUUGUCUCCAUUUGAGGUCCUAAUGGGUAGACCAUUCCCGACUCCAUGGGUAAAAGCCCCACUUAUCAUUAAAAACGGUGAUUUAGAUUGUAUUAAGGAACAAUAUGUAAAACAAUUGAUUGAUAAAUUGAAUGGCAUCUAUGGUGAUGUGUCUUCCCGUUUACCUCUUCCCUCACAGGAACCAACUCAUCCUUUCAAGCCUGGAGAUAUGGUCUGCAUUCGCCAGCUGAAUAAAGCAAAGGAAGGAGGUUUCCCAUUCAGCAAGCCAGUCACUGUGAUCGCUGUAACCAGGACUGCCGUACUGACUGACGACAAGGACAUCUGGAUACACGCUUCACGAGAGAAACUCUGUCCAAAGAGAGGAGAAGCGGGUGACAAGCUAUCGGUCACCCCUCACAAAGGAGAAGUGGGUGAUAAGGUAUCGAUCACUCCUCACAAAGACCAGGAUGACGAUCUCAAUCAUGGAUCCAAGACAUUUCUGCAAGAUCUUCCUUUUCCUAAUGGGGAUAAUGUUAUUUGUGUAUAUCCCAAUAGUAUUUAUAACGGCAUGUUAUUACCUACCUGAAGAUGCUGAACACUUUACACCUAUUUGUUUACUAUUAUUAACAUUGUUUAACUGUUACAUGUCUUGUACUUUAGGAAAGAAAAUAUCAGGUAUGAUACAAGAUGCAGAAAAAGUUCAACUGCAAAAUUUAAUUAGAGGUAGACCCAGAUAGUUUAUAUUGUAGAAACAUUACAGGUUAUGUGAUCACAAUGUGAUCAAAGAGGGGAAUGAUGGGUAUGUAUAUGUGUAUGUGUGUGUAUGUGUAUG